CAAUGAAAUCUGCAUUCAAACAAGUCGUUCCUCUUACCUUGCUAUUAGUAGCAUUGGUUGCUGUUGAGGCCAAGCCGCUUGCCGGGCCAAUACUGCCGAACCCUCUUCAAAAUGUCAAUUUAGGGAAGGACAUUAGACAUAGAAAAGAAGCAGUGUUUAAUGUGCUGAGUUUUGGUGCCAAACCUGAUGGCAAGACAGACAACACUCAGAGUUUUAUGAAGACAUGGAUUGCAGCCUGUCACUCCAAGGGAGCUGCAAGAGUUGUUAUUCCUAGUGGUACUUUUUUGAUCAAUCAAGUUGCAUUUGCCGGGCCAUGUACCUCCAUAAGUCCUAUCAUCGUUCAAAUCGACGCGAUGUUAAAGGGAGGUACCGACGUGAGCAAUUACGUCUCCGAUGAAUGGAUAUUGUUUGAGAAGAUCAAUGGCUUGAUAGUCACUGGCAGAGGUACUUUAGAUGGACAAGGUGGUGCUGUUUGGCAAUACAAUGACUGUGGUAUGAAUCCUAAUUGCCAGAAGCUCCCUGUUAAUCUUAAACUCAAUGGCAUCACACAUGGGCUUGUGAAAGGCAUCAGUUCCAUCAACAGCAAAGGGUUUCAUAUGUUCAUCACAAACUGUGAGAAUCUUAGGCUGAGAAAACUGCACAUAACAGCCCCAGUAGACAGUCCAAACACUGAUGGCAUACACACCAGCCGCUCGAACAAUGUGAAAAUAUCGAGAUCUGUCAUUGCCACCGGUGACGAUUGCAUCUCCCUUGGUCGAGGAUCAAUGAAUAUCGCCAUCAACAAAAUCACCUGCGGUCCGGGACACGGUAUCAGUAUUGGCAGCCUCGGAAAGUACCCAAACGAGGAAGACGUGCGCGGUAUCAUCGUCAAGAACUGCACAUUAACAAACACAGACAAUGGACUUAGGAUCAAAACAUGGCCAGAUUCACCCCCAAGUGCUGCAUCAGGCAUACUAUUCCAAGACAUCAAUAUGAUCAAUGUCAAGAAUCCAAUCAUCAUAGACCAAGAGUACAGCUGCUCGAAAACUAAUUGCCAAAAGCCGCCAUCACGAGUGAAAAUCAGUGAUGUUCAUUACAUUAAUGUGAAAGGAUCAUCAAUUUCUCCAGUAGCAGUUCGACUCAAGUGCAGUAAGCAGUUCCCUUGUCAAAACAUUGAGAUGUUUAACAUCAAUUUGAAAUACAGUGGGCCUCCAAAUAAAGAAUUGCCAUUUAGUGCUGCUUGUACCAAUGCAAAAGUAGGCUACAGAGGCAUUCAAUUCCCACCCCCUUGCAAAUGAUCAUCUUCAGACUGCAGUUAAAGUUUGUUUGUUUUGUUUUUGUGUUUUUCUUUUUUUGGU